AUGUCAGAUCAACAUUGUUGGCGACAUAUUCAGGAUACCCUAUCAUAUACCUAUGGAACCGGUAAAUGUAUUGGUAUGCCAGCAUUUUUUGAUUGCAUAUUACCUGUGGUACGAUCGAAAUGCCAAAAUUCCGGUGUUUAUAUUCUGGUUGAUGCAAUUACCUCAUUUGGAUGCGCUCUCGACAAAGAAUUGGUAUUGCAAUCUGCAAAAUAUACUGCAAAAAUGAAUGGGACUGGUGAAUUUACCGAAAAAGCUGGCAAAAUGUAUAUACGAAAUGAAUUACCGGCUGCACUUCCAGUGCUUGAUGAAGAAAGAAAUAAUGGCAAAAUAUUUGAACGAAUUUAUGAAACAAAUUCAACUGAUGACUUAUUCAGUCCAUCAUUCAACAAGAAGAAACAAAUCUCCAAUUAUCGCUUUUCACAUUCUCGAAAAAUCGAUUCUGCCUCGGAUUAUGUGGAGGAAAAUACAUUUCUGGAAUCAGAUCCAACAAUUGAAAUAGCAUUCGACAAUGAUGAAAAUAUGAUACGUGUUUCUAAAUCUAAAUCACUUACGUGUACAACAAAGCAAAAAGAACAAAUCGCUCAAUGUUAUGCGCCAAUGAUUGAAUUAUGGAAUAAAAUACAAAAUCGACAUCAAUCUUUUGACAAUAUUUUAUUACCGUUUUUAAUUUAUGAUCCAAAAGAAUUAAGCGAUUUAUGUGAUAUUCUGGAUGUUAUCUUCGAUAGUUGCUUUACAACCAGUCUUAUCGAUAACUGUCAAGAUAAUAUCGUAUAUUAUUAUUAA